AAUUGAAAACAAAAACAAUCAUCAAAAACAAUUGGUUUCUGCGCCUUGGGGAAACUCUCGUUGCCAGUGUUUUCCAUUUGCCGUUGUUGUCCCAGAAGCAACGGAUAUGCACCGUGCCGGGGUGUGCGGAAGUAAUGAGUGACCAUCGCAGUGUAGCAACGGAGGACAUUCGCACCCCGAGCGGGAGUGGCGCAGCACAUAUGCUGAACAAACGACCUCGGCUGUUGUCCUACCAAGGACUGUGCUCUGACUCGCGGUCGAUGGCCGAAAUGGACGGUGGUGGUGUGGCGGGGACACUGUCCAGCUCGCUGGAGAACAUCAUGCGCCGCAGGCAGCUGGCGGAAAAUCUUCUGAACUGGCAGGAAAGCCAGGUUGAAGCGUGCCGAGACAACAUCUUGAACACGGUGCUGGAACACUUUCUGACCUACUUCCAUCAGCGCAACAAUCGGAACGGUGACGAAAGGCCUCCCGCGAACGAUAACGCCGUGCUGGUGGAGGACGAAGCAAUCCGGAUGGCAAUCAGCCGGACCGGUUUGCAAUCGGCUGGACCGUCGGGAGUUUCGGCCUCGUCAGUGCCUGUUCCAGUGUCCGUGGCAGCGGAACAGCCCGACGUGCAGCCUGAGCCCACCGCUAGCUGGCAAGAUCCGGGACGGCUACUGCCCGAUAACUACAUCCUGGAUACGGCCGUGGCCGCUGCAAUACAGGAGAAGGGAUUGGUCGCGUGCGAUGCGGAGGCCACCGAUAGUGACGAUAGCAUGCAGCAGGAAGAUGGCGCGAGGUAGUAUGGACUACCUGAUCGGUCGGGCCCGGGCCUGGCGUCAUCCCUCGAUACACUGUUCAACGAAACUGGAAAUCGUUCAAAAGCGUUUGUUUGCUCCUCUCACAAGCCAUGCUACGCGUUUGUAUACCUGAUGUAGUAAAAUGGUGGAAAAUAUACUAUUAAUAUCAUUAC